AAGAAGAAGAAGAAGAAGACCUGUCACACAUAUUAAUUCCUGUACUCAUCAUCAGCUGUCAUGAAUGAUUGUGCAUGAGCUAAAGGUAAGUUUAAAGGUUUUCUUUACAAUGUCACAUGCAAUUUUGUUAUGGCUCCUAAACGUGUUUAACAUGAUUCUGUACCUGAUUUAGAUCUUUCAGUCCCAACUCAUGGAAGUGGAACAUAUGUUUGGUAGUUAUUUUGCAUCGCACUUCCAAGCACGUUGAUGAGGCACAAUAUCAAGUUUACUUUUGUUUUUUUUGUUUAGAGGUAGAAUGGGUAGAAGCUACUUUGUAGAUGAGGCAGUGGAGAAAUAUCUUGGUGGUGUUCAAGCACCUCCUGGAUCAUGUGUCACUGGACUCCUAAUUGGACAAUCCUCCCCUCAGAGAGAUUUUGUGGUGUUGGCUGUGCAGACUCCUCACAGGGCAAAUGAGGGGCAGCUGAAGGUUUCAAAAAGGGGCUGCCUACUGGAAGAAAUUGAUGUGCAGUGGGUGACAGAACAUGCCAGGCAGGUGUCCCGCAUGUUACCAGGAGGUCUCUGUGUUCUUGGCCUGUUUUUGGUAACACCACCUGAACUCUCUAAAGAUGCCCAGAACACUCUAAAAAGGCUUAUAUUUGCUUUGGAUAAAUACAUAACUAAAGGAAGACUCUGGGAUCUUUCGGAAGAGGAUGUGACUGAUCGAGUCACACUGCACAUUUGCUCCACAACUAAAAAAGCUGUUUGCAGAACAUUUGAUGUGAAAGAUCCAAAGAGUUCAGCUAAGCCAGCAGAUUGGAAGUAUCAGGCAGGUGUUUCAUCAUCCUGGCCCAUGUUGACCUGCUCUGUGGAGCUCGACCUGCAGAUCCCUUUUGCAGAAUCCUCCUCCGAUAACACAGACAAGUGGAUGAAGGAUGGUCUUGGGAGAUGGGCUAAACGGAUUGAGGCUGGUCACUGUCUCAUAAAUGGCAGACAGGUAUCAGAUGACUCUGAACUCAUCUCAGGACAGAAAAAGAACCCAAAGAUUACCCAGCGUCAGACACUUCCAGCACGGAUCCUUGUUUCGCAUGAGCAGCCAGAGGUAAAUGAGAGGUCCAGUGCUGUGGUUCAAAAGUGCAGUGGCUCAGUGAGUGUGAGAGGGAUGGUGCACUGCAGGGCCUACAUCCAGAACAACAAACCCAAAGCCAGACAUGCAGCACAGGCCAUUAAGAGAGACAUCAUAAAUACAGUUUCCUGCAGAGUGGAGAUGUUUCUGGAAGAUCUUUUAAUAAAUGAAGGGAGCCACAAAGGUCCAUGUAGUGGGCCGCAGGCUCUUCCGCGACGCGUGUUUUCCACAAUGCCCGGCUCUGGCCUGUCAGUGUGUGACUACAUGUUCCCAGAUGAAAGCACAGCUGAUGUAGCAGAGCGUCUAAAAGAGAUGCUGGACUGGGAACCACAGGAAGAGGACAUAGAUAUUAGUCUAGAGAACAGUCAAUUGUUUUCCUCUGUUUCUGAAUGGGAGAUAACUGACAGCCCCUGUGAUGAUUCUAGUAAACAUGUCACAUCACAAGCCCAUGUUCCAAAUCCUAAAAGCCAGAAAGCCCCCCAAUACUAUGCAGGUAAGUUUGGCAGUAGCAGCAGCCAUUGCUGUCCUUGCCACAGCCACAUCCCUGCUUUAUUUUAGUGAAUAACAACGGAAGCUGCAUGUAAUGUAUGUGUAUAAGUGAGUGAGUGCAUUUGUUUGCAUAAUAUAUGAUCAAAUGAGCAUAAAUAUUCUUAUUGAUGAUAUUGAUUUCAUUUAGUUUGUACUUAAGUUAAUUCAUAAUUUAUGAAAGAUCAUUUUAUUGUUAUUUGAAAAGGAGUAAUGCUGUCAAAAUAGUUAACAAUUAAAGAAUGACUGUGUAAUAACUAUAGUUACCUGAACUUCAAUUUACACUUUUUUUUUUUUUUUUUUUUUUUUUUUUUUUAAAAGAACACUUACAGGUAACAGAUCAAAAGAAAAAUGUUAAUUAUAAUCCUACACAUGUCUACCAAAAAUAUCUGUGACUUCCCCAGUAUAUUGACCCUGUGCCAUUUCUCAAUGUACUAAAUCAUUCUAAAACCAGUUUUUUUUUCUGGCUUCAGCAUUAAAGACGUACAGGACCUGAUGCUGUAAAUGUAACGGAAAAUGCCCUUGGCAUGAAAUAUAACUGCUGGAAGCA